AUGGGCAUCCUCCUCGAAGCCGAUUAUAAGGGCGUCAUCUCUGGCCGAGAAUCCCCGAUCUCGGGCCUACAACGUGCAUUCCUCUCUAGCAAACGCGGCUCGCAAAACCCCCUAGAGCGGAAGAGCGGCGAGGAUUUAAAACCACAGGAGCAGGAUGGUCAGCUCACAUAUGAGCUCAUGAACCGGGAUUCUGCGAUUACGUUGGCACAGGAGGCAGAUAGGGAGGGGGUGAAAGCGUUUGCGUAUAUGAGUGCUGUGGCUGGUGCUCCUGUCUUGCCCAGUAGGUAUAUCGGGACCAAGAGGGAGGCGGAGAGUACUAUUGGGAGCGAGUUUCCGAGGAUGAGGAGCGUGUUUAUUAGGGCGCCUUUCAUGUACGAUCAGUCCAGGACUUUUACAAUGCCUCUUGCCGCAUUGACGGGAGCCGGUGCGGUGUUCAACAGUGCCACGAGGGGUAUGUUUGGGGGACUUUUGGGUGCGGGGGGCGUUAAACCACUGAAAGCAGAUUUAGUGGCUGAGGCGCUGAUAGAGGCCCUUGCUGAUGAGAGUGUGAAGGGCCCAGUGGGAGUUGAUCAGAUCGAGGAACUUGCUCAAAAGGCAUGGAGGAAGGGUAUGUUAUAA